AUGUUCCCUUAUGGCUACUCCAUCGUGAGAACGCAGCGAUCUGCGCUCGAGGAGGCGUACAACAAAAAGAAGGAGUACCUCAAUGCUCGCGUCGCGCCUCUCUACGCAUCGACCAAUCCAGCGUCGCUCUGGAAUGCGAUUGUGAAGUACCGCCUCGUGGAGGACAGCGGAGGCGGCGAAUCUGUGGACACGUAUGACGAACUGGUGUUGACGUACGAAGGCUACCGACAUAUGGUUUAUGACGUGCUCUUCCACGUCACACCCGACGAGGAUGCAGCCGCUGAUGCGCAGGUGCGGGAGUGGCGUCGCAGUGUUUACUUUCACCACCCUUUCCUUUCACCGGCCACGUUUUUGGCCUUUGCGCGAUCGUCGCGCGGCGCCGUUCCAGCGGUUCCCCUCUACGCCUUUGCCGCCAAGCGCUUGCUUUUGUUUCGCAUUCGAGUCGAACUGGAGCUGAACGCCUCAGCGCCGCCACCGAUCUUUGUGGAUCGCGCGCGGCGCGCCAUCGGCGGUCGUCUCCCGUGCCCGCCGAGUGCGUCGUCUCCACUAUCGAAUGGGCUGACGCAGGAAGACAUUGAAAUGUUCAUCUCCGACCUCGUCCCCAACCUGCGCCUCGUACGCGACAUGCCGCCUUGGAUGCUGCCAUACUACCUGUGUCACGCAUCCCGCAAGUUCAUGUUCAUGUGCGACACGCGUGGCGUUGGAGCGAUCCCCAUUGACGUCUUCAUGAAGAGUGAGGUGUUCUCCGAGCUGCUGCGCAUGUUUGAGAGCGAUACGCAGGACGCCAUCAUCACCUUCCCGAACGGCUGCAUCGUCGAGGUGCCGGCUACCUUUGCGUCACCGGCAGCAGAAGCCGACGACACCGUUGCGGCUCUUGUGCUCUCCUAUGAGGGUGAAGGCAAUGCGCUCUCGAACGUCUAUGAGCUGCAGCUGCUGGAUGGAGAGGUGAAGGUUCAGGUGCCACGGGAGCAGCUCUACUGGAGCCCUGCCUCGAUGGACUACGUGCAGGCUGAGCUGCUAAGCAUGGACAACUGGUUCUCUCUUGCACUGAUGAGCCGCAUCUACGAGCACUUUACCGCCCUCGACGCCGACGGCGAUGGCGUUCUGACUCGCGAGGAGCUGUCCCACUACAGCAACGACAGCUUCACGCAGCUCUCGAUUCAGCGCGUGUUUGAGUGCCACGUGAAUCACAGCGGCACCCGCCACAUCAUGGAUUACAAGACGUACUUGAACUUUGUUAUUGCCACAGAGCACGCUGCGACGCGGCCGGCGAUGCGGUAUAUUUGGGCCCUAUUAGACCUAGACGGCACUAAAACACGCAUCAAAAUCUCAACGCUGCACUGUUUCUGCAAGGAGAUCGCGAGCGAACUGCUCGCCAACGGCCUUAUGGUGGACAUCUCGGCGCAGUCGAUCCUGUCUGAAAUUGUGGACAUGAUCAAUCCCGCCUGGCAUGAAUGGGUGACGUUUGAGGACAUUGAGAGGUCCGGCCAGCAGGCCACCGUUCUCCCUAUUCUUUUGAGUUAUCGCAACUUUUAUGCCUACGACUGCCGUGAGCAGACAGCGGCGGCCGCUAACGACGGUUACGCAGACAUGCCUGAGCUGUUAAGAUAG